CUCCCCGACGCAAAUGGCCUGACACUAUACGGAGUACCGUUGAGACUAUUACCAAAUUCCACUAUCCCUCCCGAUUUGCGGUCGCUCUUCAUACGGCAUUGCUUGUGUACGGUAUGAGGGCGGCGCUCCGCGCUCCGCUGCGGGCAUCCGAUUUUGAUCCUGCGCCGGUGCUCCGAUAUACCUCGUCUGCUCCUUGGAUUCGCCCUUUCCAGCGCGCAUCGGGUCGCUCGUCUGUUCACAGAUCAAUAUCCAACUCAGCACGAGUCUUUAGCAAGAGCCGCCAACUACACCCACGAGGACCGUGGGUAGCGUCAAUACCACACGCUUCUUAUUCAACCAAGGCCGCCUUGUUUGGUGCGGCGGAGAAGGCGAACGGCAAUGGCAGGAAACCAUCGGGGUCGGAAUGGUCACGGAGGAAAGUGAUCACGUAUACGGUCGUUGGGGGAGCUAUAGUCAUCGGGGUGGUGACAUUUUCUGACAAUGUUCAACAUCUCUAUCGUGCUGCGGCGAGAACUGGAAGGGUCGUUGGCACAUUAGCCGUGUGCAUCAAUGACUAUCGAGUAACCCUCAACCGAGAAACAUCCUCACCCGAAGAGCGAAACGAAGAACUCCGAGCAUGUCACAAGCGUUGCGCAGAGCGGACCCUGAGGGUUCUCGAGAAGAACGGCUCCAUUUUUAUUAAGCUGGGGCAACAUCUCAGUAGUAUGGGUUACUUGCUGCCAUUGGAAUGGACGACAACAUUCAUUCCGCUUCAGGAUAAAUGCCCUAUCUCUUCGAUCGAAUCAAUCGAGGAAAUGUUCGUCGCCGACACCGGCCGUCGAAUCGACGAACUCUUCUCAAGUUUCGACCCGGAACCAAUUGGCGCCGCUUCCCUUGCCCAAGUUCACAUCGGUAUCUUGAAGGAAACAGGUCAGAAGGUUGCAGUCAAGGUGCAGCAUCCAGCGUUGGCAGAAUGGGUCCCCUUGGAUCUGGCGUUGACCAGAUUCACCUUCUCCACCCUGAAGCGCUUCUUCCCUGAGUACGAUUUGGAGUGGCUUUCGAAGGAAAUGGAUCUAUCCUUGCCACAAGAACUAGAUUUUAGGAUGGAAGCGGACAAUGCUAGGAGGGCUAGCGAGUACUUCAAGGAACAUUCAGAUGCGCCGCUUGUCAUUCCAGAGGUUAUGUGGGCUCAGAAGCGCAUACUCGUCAUGGAGUUCUUGUCCGGCCGUCGACCGGACGAUUUGGAGUUCCUGGAUUCCAAUAACAUCGAUCGUGACGAAGUCUCCGCGGCCCUAGCGCAUAUCUUCAACGAGAUGAUUUUUGGCGACAAUGCUCCUUUGCACUGCGAUCCUCAUGGUGGCAAUAUUGCGAUCCGCAAAAACCCUAACCGGCGCAGUCAAAACUUCGACAUCAUCCUCUACGACCAUGGAUUGUACCGUGAUAUCCCCCGUGAUUUACGUCGCAACUACGCCAAGCUGUGGUUAGCCGUCAUCGAAGCUGACGAGGCACACAUGCGCGAGUAUUCUCGCAAGGUGGCGGGCAUCACGGAUGAGCAGUUCCCUCUCUUCGCCAGCGCAAUCACCGGUAGAGACUACACCAAGUUGGCCAAGAAGAACAUCGCCACCACACGCACAGCUGCAGAGAAGGAGAGCAUGUCCGGCGCUCUUGGAGAGGGCAUGUUGCAGCAGCUGGUCGAACUGCUGGGCCAGGUACCCAGAAUUAUACUCUUGAUUCUUAAGACCAAUGACCUCACCCGCAGUCUUGAUGAAAACCUCCACACCAGACAAGGCCCCGUCCGCACUUUCUUGAUCCUCGCCCGCUACGCCACUCGGACCGUCUUCGAAGAACAAAUGGACCUCAUCCACGAAACAGGCGGCCUUCUCCGCCCCUUCAACUUCUUUCGCUUCCUCGCUGCUUGGACCGGGUUCCUCCGCGUCGAGCUCAAGUUAUCGGUCUACGAGACAUUGCUGUCCCUGAAGAGUCGACUCGGACUCCUCUAGUGAACCGGUUUAGAUCAUCUCUUCUGGAUACGUUGCCAGAAGUAGCAACCCCUGUAAAUUGUUAUUUUAGAUCUCUUCUUCCAUCUUCUCCCAUGAAGCCAUUUCCCACUUGGUUAAUGAUCGAUAGAUGAGCACGGGUUGGCUUAUUUGCAUCAACGGCGUUUCUUUUCUAAUCAUGUUUCAUAAUUGCGGGGCUAAUGAGUGUCGAUACUUUUUUGGUUUUCCUUUUCUUCUUCGUUUGGCUUGUUUUGUUAAGAGGACGAAAAGUUCUUAUUCUUUGUUUCCUUGUAAACAUGUGUAUAUCAAUAGAGGUCUCUCCUGAGCGGAUGAAUAUAGAUUGUCAAAGUUCAAAGAAA